UAACAGACCACUUCCGCUUUUUAGGUAACCAUAACAAACAUGGCGACUUACAGGCAGGUCGGCAGGUUGUUGGGCAUUUCAGCGAGGCUUUCGCGUCCUCUUGCAGUCAGUGGAUAUCAGAGCGCCGGAUUACAUUGGCCUUCACAUAAUGCAGGUCUACCAAACAGAUGGCCACAAAACCCCCACUGGGUUGUCCCUGGAAGGACGAUGUUUGUGCAGACGCAGGACACACCGAAUCCAAACAGCCUAAAGUUUCUGCCCGGUCGUAUAGUUCUUGAAUCGGGGACGAUGAAUUUUGCCGGCCCUCGUGACGCACACUGCUCACCCUUAGCCAGACAGCUUUUUAGGAUUGAUGGAGUCAAGAGUGUCUUCCUGGGCCCCGACUUCAUCACCAUAACGAGGUCUGAUGAAAAUAUGGAGUGGAGAGUUAUCAAGCCUGACGUGUUUGCUGCCAUUAUGGACUUUUUCACCUCCGGACUUCCUGUGGUCAAUGAGGACAGCGCACCUAGCGCAGACACAGCGCCGUCAGAGGAUGACGAUGAAGUAGUCGCUAUGAUCAAAGAACUGCUGGAUACUCGAAUAAGGCCCACAGUGCAGGAGGAUGGAGGUGAUGUUGUGUAUCGGGGGUUUGAAGACGGCAUUGUUAAACUGAAGCUGCAGGGCUCUUGUACCAGUUGUCCCAGUUCAAUUGUUACGUUGAAGAGUGGAAUCCAAAACAUGCUGCAGUUUUACGUCCCCGAAGUUGAAUCAGUGGAGCAGGUGAAGGAUGAGGAUGAAGAGAAGGCUGCUCAAGCUUGAACUGCACUGCAACCACAUUAACACAUUCCUCCCUCCCUUAGCCGCCUCCUUUGAUGCAAGCCAUAGUUGCAAUAUAGUGAGCUGGUGUCAUAUCUGUGUGUGAGAACCCAUCAUCAUUCAUCCAGAUGUUACUAUUGAUUUUGUAGCUAUAUUCUCUACAAUGACAGUAUUUUAAAGCACUGGCACAGAAGAGCCCAGUCUUAGUAACUAAUGACUUUUGAGCUGAAAUAAAUGGUAUUUAUUAUUUUACACUGCUACACCUUUGAAUCAGUCACUGCUCAAAUUAGCCUUAAACAGGCUUAAAAUACAUAUACUGUAUGUAUAUAAAUAAAGUUUGUUGAAAUAUUUAA